GUUAUAAUUGCGAGGGCGAGGCGUCAGCAGGCAUCCGCGGCCACAGUCGGUCCAGAGGCCGCGACGGACGGGCUGAGGAUCGGUCACCUGGGAAUCUCAUGAUAAGACUUCCAUAGCGGGAGGAACAAUGACGACCGAGAAGAAGGCUCUUCCCGAGAGGACUCCCCCUCCCUCCGCGCAGGACAAGGCGGCCUCGACCGAGUCGCCGAAGGACAAUGGCGGCGUCAAAUUACAGAAGGAACUGGGCCUGCUGGAAGGCGUGGCCAUGAUCGUGGGCAUCGUGAUCGGCUCGGGUAUCUUCGUGUCUCCAAAGGGCGUUAUCCUAUACGCCGGGAGUGUGGGCAUGUCCCUUGCAGUAUGGGCAGCGUGCGGCCUGGUGGCCAUGAUCGGGGCUCUCUGCUUCGCCGAGCUGGGCACGAUGAUCCCCGAGAGCGGCGGCAUGUACUGCUACCUGCACGAGGCCUUCGGCGCCGUGCCGGCCUUCCUCUACAUGUGGGUGACGACCGUGAUCAGGAACUCUGCAGGAGCGGCCAUCGUCGCCCUCACCUUCGCCAACUACCUCCUGCAGCCUCUGUUCCCCGACUGCGAGGCCGUGUCGGACGCCGCGACCCGACUCAUCGCUGCCGCCCUCAUCUGUUUCCUCUCGUGGAUCAACUGCGUGAACGUGCGCUGGGUGGCCAAGGUGCAGAAUGUGUUCAUGGUGACCAAGCUGCUGGCCCUCGUCAUGAUCAUCGUGGCCGGGCUCUACCACCUGGCCUCGGGGCACGUGGAGAACUUCAGAGCGCCGCUGGAGGGAACCAAGUGGCAGGCGGCGGCCAUCGCCACGGCCUUCUACCAGAGCCUCUUCUCUUACUCUGGAUGGGAAAAUCUGUAUUAUGUGGUCGAAGAACUGAAAAAUCCAAAUAAGAACCUUCCGCUGGCCAUCAUCAUCUCGACGGGCCUGGUCACUGCCGUCUACACGCUGACCAAUGUUGCGUACCUGGCUGUGCUGACGCCGUCCGAGAUGCUGGCCGCCGAUGCUGUCGCCAUGACCUUCGCCAGCCGCGCCCUGAGCAUGCUAGCCUGGACGAUGCCCUUGUUCGUCAUGUGCUCCACCUUCGGCUCCAUGAACGGCGUCGUGUUCACGCAGUCGCGCCUUAUCUUCGUGGGGGCGCGGAAAGGCCACUUCCCCGAAGCGUUCUCGCUCGUGCACGCGCACAACCUCACGCCGGUGCCCGCGGUCUUUCUCAACGGACUUCUAACUUUGGCGAUGCUGGUGACUUCAGACGUCGGCUUGCUCAUUAACUACUCGACGUUUGCGGCGACGCUGACGCAGUUCGCCUGCAUCUGCGCCCUCUUCUGGUUCCGGUACAAGCAGCCUGAGAGGACGAGGCCUUUCAAGGUAUGGCUCGCCCUCCCCGUCGUGUUCUGGCUCGUGUCGCUCUUCCUGCUGGUGAUGCCCAUCUUGGAGAGGCCCGUCGAGGUCGGGGCGUCCAUCGGCGUCAUCUGCACGGGUCUGCCGGUGUACUACGUGACCGUGCACCGACAGGACAUCGCGAGGAAGUUCGAAGGAGCCUUAGCAAAAUUGACGUACGUGUGCCAGCUGCUGUUCUUGGGACUCGCGGAGGAGAAAGCAGACUAAACAUAUGGCAUUGCUGUGGCGUCCGCCGCUUAUAAACAUACAUAUGAAUAUAUAUAUAUAUAUAUAUAUAUAUAUAUAUAUAUAUAUAUAUAUAUACAUACAUACAUACA